UAGAGGUCAACUAAAGCACCAGUGUGUCGCAAACCAAAACCCAGAAACAGAAAUGGUUGCUGUCUUCAACAAAGAGCUCUUGAGCUGGUACCUAAUAACCCUCAAGCUCCGUGAAACCGUAGAAUCUGGAAUCGUAAAUUCACCUUCAACCGAUCGAUCCGUUCAAUUCCCAGAAGAGCAGACUCAUCGCCACCUCCAGAAUCAUCAACAACGGGCGGCUCCUCCAUCAGAUGCGUUGCGGGUCGUAAUAAACGAAGAUAGCCAUGAAAAUUGCUCGGAGGAGGUCCCCAAGUCGCCGGAAUCCGAAUGGGUGAUCUCCAUCAAAGAAAAACUCAACCAAGCUCGCCAAGACGACGCAGCUGGUUCGUGGGCAAGACUCAGCAUUUACAGAAUACCCCACUAUCUCCGCGAAGGAGACGACAAGGCUUACGUUCCUCAGAUUGUCUCGUUGGGACCUUAUCACCAUGGGAAGAAGCGGCUGCGACAAAUGGAUCGCCAUAAAUGGCGUUCGCUUCACCAAAUUCUGAAACGGACCGAUCAGGAUGUGAAGAUCUACCUCGACGAAAUGAAAGAGCUUGAAGAAAAAGCUCGCGAGUGUUACGAAGGACCAAUACUUAUGAGCAGCAGUGAGUUCGUGGAGAUGCUGGUUCUGGACGGCUGCUUCGUGCUCGAGCUAUUUCAAGGGGUUGCCGGGGGAUUCAAGCAACUGGGUUACCCGCGAAACGACCCUGUUUUUGCAAUGCGUGGCUCAAUGCAUUCGAUUCAGAGAGACAUGGUCAUGCUGGAGAAUCAGCUUCCGCUGUUUGUUCUUGAUAGGCUGCUGGAGCUUCAGCUGGGUAAAUCUCACCACAGAGGACUGGUAGCCAAGUUGGCAUUGACUUUUUUUGAUCCAUUGAUGCCGACGGACGAGCCAUUGCCGACAAGUAACAGGGACAAAUUGGAAGAGUCUCUUGGUGAUCAUGCGACAGUCUUCGAUCCCUUGUCCGAAAAGGGUUGUCUUCACUGCCUCGAUGUCUUCAGGCGAAGUCUAUUGCGCACCGGCCCUCAACCCACGCCGAGGGUUUGGAUGAAGAGAUGGUCACACGGCAAUCGUGUGGCUGACAAGCGGAGACAGCAGCUGAUUCACUGUGUAUCAGAGCUCAGAGAAGCCGGCAUAAAAUUCAAGCGGAGGAAGACUGAUAGGUUUUGGGAUAUAAAAUUCGAGAAUGGGAUUCUCAGGAUUCCCCGGCUCUUAAUCCAUGACGGUACAAGAUCACUUUUUCUGAACCUCAUUGCGUUUGAACAAUGCCAUUUGGAUUGCACCAAUGAUAUAACAUCAUAUGUUGUGUUCAUGGACAACUUGAUUAACUCGCCGGAGGAUGUGGGUCACCUCCAUUAUUUCGGCAUAAUUGAGCAUUGGCUUGGCAGCGAUGCAGAAGUGGCGGACCUCUUCAACCGGCUGUGUCAAGAAGUAGUUUUCGACAUGAACGACAGUUAUCUUUCUCGACUAUCAGAGGAUAUAAACCGGUACUAUAACCAUCGGUGGAAUGCGUGGAGGGCGAGCUUGAAACACAACUAUUUCAACAAUCCUUGGGCGAUUAUCUCAGUCGUGGCUGCUGUGGUUUUGCUGCUGCUUACCUUUGCACAGACGUUUUAUGCAGUCUACGGGUACUACUGGCCUCGUUCUUGAUUCUUGGGUUUUGAGUUUGAAAGAAGUGUUUUUCAAGUCUUCAAAUUGUUGGUAAGCCUAAAUAAAAUUAAAGGGAAAUAUUCUUUUUAACUAA